UUAGGUUACAAGGUUUAGUUGAGCAUCAUUGUAAAUUUAACUACAAUUUUCUGCAGGGUGAAAAUGACACGCUACGCCAAAGAGCCAGAUAACCCAACCAAAUCUGCCAAGGCCUGUGGGUCAUACUUGCGUGUUCAUUUUAAGAACACUCGUGAAACAGCACAGGCUAUUAAACAUAUGCACUUGAAGAGGGCUAACCGCUUUUUGAAGAAUGUAAUUGGUCACAAGGAGUGUGUACCUUUCAGACGAUUCAAUGGUGGUGUUGGCAGAUGUGCUCAGGCUAAACAGUGGAGAGCUGUCCAAGGAAGAUGGCCAAAAAAGAGUGCAGAAUUCUUGCUUCAACUUCUUAAAAAUGCAGAAAGCAAUGCUGAAUUCAAGGGAUUGGAUACAGAGCAUCUUGUUGUUGAACACAUCCAAGUAAAUGCUGCCCCUAAGAUGAGGAGACGAACAUACCGUGCUCACGGUCGCAUUAAUCCCUACAUGAGCAGCCCAUGCCACAUUGAACUUGUUUUGGCUGAAAAAGAAACUGUAGUUGCCAGACCAACAGUUGGAGAGGAUGAGCCAAAGAAGAAGAAAGUUUCCAAGAAGAAAUUGCAGCGUCAAAAGAUGAUGCAGAGAGACUAAAUUUGUCAUUAGAAAUUAAUUUAAAAUAAACUGGCGGUUAUUCAA